CGGCCACGUGUUGUCGCCGGACCAAUCAUAGCCCCGCGACGCCUGUGCUCCCCGACGCACGCGUGUCCCUCCUGCCUCCUUGUUUUAAGCCGCGACGUGGCCCUGCUCUGCUCGCAUCGGCGCCAAGAAACCAACGGAGAGUCGUCGGAGACUAGUCGCUAGCUAGCUGGGAACGUGCUUGGUUGAUUGACGAUGGAGAGGAAGCAGGGAGGGUGCUGCUUGGCGCCCAGGUGCGGCGGAGAUGGGGGCCAGGCGUGGCAGAUGGGCAACAUCAUGCUCAAGUUCAGGCCCAUCGCGCCCAAGCCCGCCGCAAUGGCGCCCGCGCCCGUGCCGGCCACGGCGACGGCCGUGGGUGCUCGGAAGGGGAAGCGGAAGGCUGCUGGAAGAAGGGGACGGAAGUCCAAGAAGGCGGCAGCUGUGGCCGUCGUUACGGCGGCGCCGCCGCCGACGCCAAAGGCGGACGUCCACACGGGCAAGCCUCUGCCGUCGCCGUCCUCCUCCUCCUCGGGGACAACGUCGGUGGCGGACUCGUCGACUCCUCCGCUGCCGGAUAUGGCAGAUCUGGCGCCUGCGCACGUCCACGUCGCGCGGCAUGUUGCGGCGCUGCGGCCGGCGGCGUCGUGCGUCACGGUGGAGGCCGUCACAGCCACAUGGCGCGACGGCGAGGCGCCGGCCGCUCCGGCCUGCGGCGGCGGCGAGGACGACGAGGCGGCCCCGGCGUUCGCGUCCGACCGGUGGGGCCGCGUCACGUGGACGAACCCGGCCUUCAGCCGCGCGGCGUCCGCUUCGGACGUGGUGCUCGCCGCCAGGGACGGCGCUGCCGUGCCGGCGUGGGGCGCCUGCGCCGGCUUCACCUGCCGCGUGCGCGUCGCCUGCGGGGCGUCCCCUCGCCGCGGCGGCUCCCUCGUGGCGCCCUGCGACGUGUGGCGGGUCGGCGACGGCGGGUACCUCUGGCGGCUCGACCUCCGGACCACCCUCACCCUCUCCCUCGCCGGCCUCGUGUAGCCACCCACGUAUGUACGUAUGCGUGUGCGUGUGGACGAAUCAAAUCGCCUGCUGGCUACUACGUCCGCGCUAUGAUUCUCGCACGUAUUGAUUAAGCAAUCGUGGCCAGAUUUGGUAAUACUCCUCUUACUACAAAAUGGAUUGCUACUUACAGUAGUUUAGGAUGAGAUUGGGGUAGAGAUGCAAGUGUAAGAAUGAACGAUGCUCGAAUCUCUACUCCAGCGUACAACACGCAUGCGUUUCUUUUGUUUCUUUUAUUAUGUUUCCUUCCUCCUGAUUGUUUGGUGGUUUUUUUCUUUUUCUAUGGAGGCCUUGAGAAAUCAUUCAACCACACUGUAAUGGCUACUAA